UGGCGGUUAGCAGCAGCGGUAGGCAGUCAGCAGGCAGCCCGUGCGUCAGUAGGAAGGUAUCUCCGCGCCGCACACCACGCCCGCCACGCCUGACGCGCCGCCCCACUGCAACUUGGUCCCACACCUUUACAUUCGGAGUCCAUCCUUCCAGCCGUCCGCAAGAACAGCCCCAACAUGGCCAACCGUCCCAGGACAGCCUCCACCAGGAACGAGCAGGACAUGAUGGCCAGCGCGCGGCGUAGGCUGAACCAGGCCACCGACCCCGUGGAGAAGCUGCGGCUGCUGUGUCUGAGCCGCGGGUCAGCCGGCAUCAUGGGCAUGGGCAAGGUGUUCCGCAGGAUGGAUGAUGACGGCUCCAAGAGUCUCAACAUGGAGGAGUUCAGCAAAGGCAUCCGGGAGACGGGCCUCAGCCUCAGCGACGAGGAUACCGAAAAACUCUUCAGCGCCUUCGACAAGGACGGCGAGGGCACCAUCAACUACGACGAAUUCCUGGUGGCCAUUAGACCCAAGAUGAACGAGAAUAGGAGGAAGCUGGUAGACAUGGCCUUCGACAAGCUGGACAAGACGGACGACGGAGUGGUGACCCUGGAGGACCUGAAGGGCGUGUACACGGUCACCAGCCACCCCCAGUACCAGUCCGGCGAGAUGACCGAGGAGGACAUUCUCAACACCAUCAUCAAGAAGUUCGAGCACAACACAUCGGUGGACGGGAAGGUCACGAGGGAGGAAUUUUACGAUUAUUAUUCAGGGAUCAGCGCCUCUAUCGACCACGACGCCUACUUUGACCUGAUGAUGCGCAACUCCUGGGGCAUCAAAUAGAUUACCUCUCUCUGCCUUACCUUGCCCCCCUCCCCACCACUAUCACCACCACCAUCACCACCACUACUGCCACCAUUACCGUCACCGCCGCCACCAGUACCAACAGUCACCACCAUCAUGUUCCGGGAGUCCGUGGUGUGGUGUGGUGUUGUGGUGGAAACUCCUCCCAUGAAUUAUUGAACCAUGAUCUUCUUUCACUUAUAAUAAUGGAGUCUUGUUUCAUUUUCUUCUUAUUUUAUCUUAAUGGAAUGUCCUUUUUUGAUUGAAUACUUACACACACACACACACACACACACACACUAACAUGAGUCUCAUUUUAUUAAGGAAUUAAGGAUUGCCAUGAAUAAUUUUGCCAGUAAACAAACACUCACACAGCGCCCAGCAGAGUUAACGCUUUCAGGUUAUGAGCGAAUUGCUAACACUUGGUCAUCUGUAAGCCCCUACACAAACUCACACUGCCAGCAGUCUUACUUUGUUGAUAUUAAACAAGAUAUGAUAUGCAACGGAUCGAUUGCCUACAAGCUUACACGUGCAAGCUGUGUGAGUGUGAUUAAGCCCUUAAGGCCUGGAGAGUGACCUUCAGAACAGUCGUGGCUCCAUUUCUGCACUCUUAAUAUAGCAACCUUACCAUAAAACAAGGAAUGUAAUUAACUCAAAGAAAACAGCAUACUUAUGAGUUGCUCCAUUUUCUGCUGAGCUUGAAGGACCACCAGAUAGUCAGCAUUUAUUUAGCUUUAAUGAGUUUAGCGUAAAGGUGACAUUCUCUCCCAUUCAUGACCGUAAACUAAGACAGAAGGAAAAUCAUUUAGAAGGAAUAAACAAUUGUGUAUCAUCCCUCCAUAUUACUUUUGUUUUAGCAAUGAAAUAGCUGAGUCUUUUCAGUUACAUUGCACUUUAUCUUCUGUUUACAUAGGCAAGAAUGAAACAUUUGGUUCGUUUGGAUUUUGGAAAUGUGCUGUUUAUUGAGUUCUGAAAAAGAAAAAAAAAUACUGUCCUUUCCGUAUCUGCUAUCAAGCUUUGCACUUUUCUCAAGGAUUUAAAAAAUAGCAGCUUCUUCAUAUCAUUCUCCUGUUUGUUUUCACUUCUGCACCGCCGCUCCCAACCUGUCCGCCCACGCCGCCCUCCUGCCCUCCGCUUGUUGAGGCUUGACGUCCCACAUGCCAGCCGACCCCGUCCAGAUUUUGGUUCGUAGGAUAUGCACACCAGUUCGUACGCACAAUUACAGUUUGCGUUGAACAGGUAAUAUAUAUAUAUAUAUAUAUAUAUAUAUAUAUAUAUAUAUAUAUAGUGCUGAAGUAUGAAAAUUACCUACUGUCAAAGUAAAUAAUGUCAUUCUUUUCUUCGACUUUACGGUCAGUAUUUAAGCCUUAGCUCAAAUUUUGAGAGUAGUUCAUUCCAAACAUAUUGCAAUUGUACGUACUAAUUGGGGAGCAUAACCAAAACAUUAAUUACUCGUCAUUUGCGCCGAGGAGACCAAAUCGAGCGCCGAGGCAAGGCGCGGCAACCACUGGCUCUAAUGUUAUCUUAAGCUCUGCUUGACGUGAGUAAUCCAGAAAGAUAAACUCAUUAUAUGAAUAUUUUCAUUGCUGUUAAUGAUACGUUCCACUUAAUAUAACUCUCUUAAGUUUGCUUCAAUAAUGUAAUGACACUAAAUUCCUGUAAAUAAGUUGCAGUUGGUUGACAUUUCCUGAUUUAUUAUCGAGGUUAUAAUAUUCUUACUUAUGGAGUUGUUUUUAAACUUGAUCUCAUUUAUUUACUCUGACAUGUAUACUUUACGUGAUAAAAUAAUAAUGCGUCAUAAUAGUCACAAUAGUAAAGAUGGUUUUAAUUUUCUUCUGUCAUGCGAUUGAAAAUUCAGUGUGGGAAUGUAGCAGAGUGACCUGUGCUAUCUCACAGCUCACUCUACUACAUUCCCACGAAAGAUUUAGCUGCUUCAUGUGACUUGGUAAUGUAAGUUGCUCCUCCAGUAACAUUCCAUCAUAUUCCUCUCAUUUUAGUUUGCUCUUGCUUCACCACAUGCCCCAAUGAAGAUGAGGUAGUGAAUACAAACGCUCCAUGAAGAUAAAAAUAAACAUUUGCCAAAAACAGCCGUCGGAAGUCAAAAGCCAACAGUAAACAGGCUGGGAUACAGAGACACGCCAGUCCUCGUCGACAGACCGACUUGGUCGCCUCGGCUGACAUCACCCGAUAGAGUCGGUCUGUCGGCACCCUGCUACGGGCCGCCAUAGGCGCACCUAACAUCAUCAUAGCCGAUCCAGGAUUCAGUGCGUUUCCUAACUUAUAGGCGGUAAUGUUAUAAUUGUAUUUCGUAAAGAUUCCUUAUAACCAAAAACUAACUAAUAUUUUGAAUAUUCUUUUUCUUGAGCAGAACAUUUAAUAAACAACGAGGCAGCAGCGCACGCCAUUUUGAGGGUAUCGGUUUCCUUAAAUAAGCAUAUUUUUACUGCGCCAAGCAGGUGAUGUCACUUAUUGUGACUUCGUGAGCUUUCAUAUUUAUCUAUUUGUGUAUAUUUCAUGGAGGCAUAACUUACAUUACUACUUUCAAUUUUACUAGUGACACGAAUUUGUGACCUUAUCACAAUAGAAUUUCACUCAGUUAAGUGAAUCAGACACCAUAGAAAUAUUACCAAUGUGUGUAUGAAUGAAUACAAAGAUAAGCACAUACUUUGAUUUAACUCUUGGAUGUCUUGUGGAUCAUUUAUAAAUAAAAACAAAAAAUCCUGAUAGGUUACUCUUAAGCCCGCUACCGUCGCUUGAGGCACAAAAACAGUCCCUCCGCCAAGUUUACAGCCCACAUUUGGUGAUGUUAGGUGCGCCUAUUGGCAAUGGCCCGUGCUCCCCCCUAUAGGGAGGGAGCAAUCUUUGAAGGAGGAGGAGGCUGGGAUAAAGAGCAACCACGCCCUUGCCUUCCCUGGGAGUCUGCCUCUUCCUGUUCGCUGAUCACGUGUCACUGCCUCGUUGCCUACCUGCCUGCCUUGGUCUGCCGAGGAGUAACAGAUAACAGCACCAUCCAUCCGCCAUGUGUACAUCACCACCUCAUGAGUAACGUAGUACGUGUCAUGACUGAACACAAUGCUAUCUUGAUGUUACAUGUCAUCGUUUAUAUUCGCACAAAAUAUUGAAUACCUGGAACAUUUCCACAGCACUGAUUUCGAAGAGAUUUCUAAAUGUUCAAUGAUUAUACAUGUCUGUGGUAACUGGCAAAUGAUUUGCGUGGAACAGAUUACUGUUUGUGACACUAAAGUGUUUAAAGAAAUUUUUCAUACACAUCUUUUCUCUUAUGAAUUACCCUUUAAGACAUUUACAGAAGUGAAAAUUAGACAGCCAGUAAAGUUAUAAGGAAAUUUUAUUAACAGUUUUACUUUUGCAAAUUCUUAACUGUAUCCAUAAGCAUAACCUUGUACUUAAUAUUCUCUCUAGUAUCUGCCAAGUAGCCCUAAACUGCUUUCUGUUGUCUUUGUAUUCAUUUUCCUUCACUUGGAAAUAUAUUCCAGUGAAUUCAGUAUCUGUUCCUUAUGAAUGUUCCUCUCCGAUCAACCAUAUGUGUCUCCAUGUCUAUUCGUUUUUUAGUCUGCGCCAAGUAGUGUCAUUUCUAUCUAGGCCUAAGUCCCGAGCCUCCUCUGGGGCUGCCGACGGCGGCGCCCCUCCUGCAUGGCUCGUUUAUAUCUAGGACGCUUUCUCCGUCUCGAAAUAUGCUGAUAGGGACACGCCAGCACAACUUCACACUAUUUUUCCCUUCUUACCUAAAUUUUAAAGGCCCAAUCUGCUAAGUAACGAAAUUUAUGUGUUAAGAUGUGAAGUUGUGCUUCCUAUUAUUUUACUGUUUUCUAUGUGAUGAUGAUGAAGUAAUGCUGAUUAUGAAGAAGUUAUGUAGAUGCCAAUGUUAUACUUCCAAAACAUUUAAUUCAAAUUUAAGGAAUGUGAAAUAAAUCUAUAUACAUACGC